AUGAGAAAGGAGCUUGUCGUGGGCAUUAUCGAGCCGCGGCCAGAAGAGCUGGCGAAGAUGGACACCGAGACCUGCUUAGCUCAGCUGGGGGCCCCUGUUCUCCUUGCCUCUUACAAUGUGCUAUCGCUUUCUGACUUCGGCAGCGACAGGUCAUGCUUUGGUGUAGAGCUAUGGGUGCACGAACAGGGCCCCUGCAGCCCGGAUUCCGUGGUCGUUCUGCACGGAUCCCCCACUGUGCUUGUGGCCGGUAUCCACCUCGGGGACCGGCAGUAUAGGGUCUUAGUUGGGCACGCACCGCAUCGAGGGCAUACGGAACAGGUUUGUGCAGCUUGGUGGAAGUCGACUACUGCUAUCUGCCACUCCUUUACCCACGGAUGUCCUUGGAUUUUCCUCAUCGAUGCGAAUUGUCGAGUGGGGAGCCGGUGCUCCGCUGCGAUAGAUCAGGCGGACAGUGAGGAUUUCUCUGGAGCCCUUUUUCACUCGCUGCUUCUCUCCUUGGACCUCUGGCUCCCGGCCACCUUUGAGGUGUCUGCUAGCGGUCCUGGAGGCACCUUGUAUCAGAAGCGUUCCCUGGCCCUCUGCCGUUCGGAUUACCUGGCGCUCCCUUGGCUUUGGCGCAACGGUGGCUUUGUUUCGUGGGUGGCCCCCGAGAUCACGUCGGGACACCCAUGUGUCGAUCACCUUGCAGUUGUUGCGCGGGGCGCGCUCCCUCAAGGCGGUGGUGCCUCUUCGGUCAAGCGUGCUGUGCGGAUUGAUCCUCAGGCCCUCCUGGACCCGGGUAAUCGAGAGGAGAUUGCCCGCAUCAUCCAGGAUGCCCCGCGCCCAGCAUGGGAGGUGGAUGCGAGUGAACAUGCGGCUGAGGUUGUUGAUCAUCUCUACACCUCUCUUUCUGCUCGCUUUCCGGUUGCCAGGCGGCGUAUGCGUGCGUCUUUCCUCUCAGAUUCCACCGCGGCGUUGCACCGAGCUGUUUCCUCCCUGCGGCAUUCUGUGAGGCAUCGGACGGCUGCCCUCCGCCUCUCGUUCUUGCGGUGUGUCUUUCUGGUAUGGCGCAGCCCAGCUCGGGAGUUUUCUGAGGUCUUUUGUGGCCUGUGGCUUUGGCGGUUGCGCACUCGUUUGGGCAAUGACUGUAUGCUGCUGCGACGGUUUGGUGCUCAGCUACGCCAGGCUUGUCGUGAGGACAAGGCACGACAUCUUAUUGCCCUGUCUGAUGAAAUUGCGGAUGCGGGCAGCCGGGAAGUGCACCGGGCCGUGCAGCGGGUUCUUCGGCCACGCAAGUUUCGGCAAGCCCCAAAUGAGCCCCUUCCUCAGCUUGCGAAGCCAGAUGGGUCCCUGUGCAGCACAGCUUCUGAGAUCACUGACACGUGGCGAGAGCAUUUCCGUGUCCUAGAAGGUGGGGUUGAUGUUUCUCCUCAGUUGCUAGUGCGUCGGGUUUGGGAUUCGCAGCGUCGUGUUGUCCCUCCAAACUUCAUCGAGGCAGCUGAACUGCCGACGUGGAUGUCGCUCGAGGCGGCCUUCCGCCAUUCUGCGCCUAGGAAGGCGCCUGGACCAGAUUUGCUUCCUCCCGCAAUCUGCCGGCUUUUCAGCACUUCUCUUGCGGACCUUUUCUGGCCACUGCUCCUCAAAACAGUGUGCAGAAUUGAGGAGCCCGCAGGGAUGAAAGGCGGCGUUCUCUUUCAUAUUAGCAAGGGGAAGCCUGGCCUACAAAGUACGUGUGACGCGCACAGAGGGAUUCUGGCGCAGUCGUGCCUGAGCAAGGCAUUUCACAGGUCAUUGCGCAAGCUAGUGGUGAACCACUGGGCUGAUCAUGCCCUGCCCCUUCAAAUCGGGGGACGUGCUGGGUGUAGCGCGGUCUUUGGACACUUCUGUUCUCGCUCCGUUCUGCGUUUUGCCCACCAGCGCAGGUUUUCAGCUGCUCUACUGUUUGUCGACUUAGCAGCAGCAUAUUACGCUGUCAUCCGCGAAACGCUGAUGGGAGCCAACAUGGCGGAUCGGCCUCUGAGUGAAGUGGCAGGAGCGUUAGGUCUUUCGGAUGAAGAUUUGCAGCGCCUACGGCACUAUGUGCAUGAGGAGCCUGUGCUAGUUCAGCAAAAUGCCAGCGAGCAUUUCUUGGCCCUCACGCGAGAGCUCCACCAACAAACUUGGUUUGUCCUCUCCGCCGACUCUCGGCUAAUAGAGACGCAGCGUGGCACGCGUCCGGGUGGAACACUUGCCGACGUGUUGUUCAAUGUCCUUUUCGGACGAGUCCUAUUGAGGAGACAGACACCAGCCAUGCAGCAGUUCUUCCCCAUGGUUCCCUGGGACGGGGUGCGAACACCAUUCCCGAAAGAUCUUACUGGGGCGCCCCUUGUCCGAGUGUCGGAUGUGGUGUAUGCAGAUGACCUCUGCACACCGAUUGUCUGUGAACGGGCAGUGCAGCUUCGGCCUGCGGUUUCUCUGGUCGCCACGGAGACGAUGGAUGUCCUCACGCCCCAUGCUCUUCGUGCCAAUCUUGGGCCCACUAAGACUGCUGCGGUUGUGGCCCCUUUGGGCGAUGGCUCAAGGCAGGCGCGGCACGAGAUGUUUGUCACCUUGAAGGGUCGUGUCCCUCUUUGGCCGGAAACGAAAGGAUUGCUGUGGCUUGACUUGGUGCCUCGCUACCGGCACCUCGGAUCUUUGGUAUCCUAUGACGGCCGUCUGGGUCCUGAAGUUCGGCACCGGCUUGCUCUGGCCUCGGCCGCAUUUCGCGAAGGCAAGCGCAAGUUGUUUGCCUGCAAGCGUGUGCCGCUUGAGAAGCGUUCCGCCUUGAUGCGCAGCCAUGUGCUUUCGGUCCUCCUGGUUGGUUCCGGUAGCUGGCCCCUGCUUGACAAGAGGGAUUGUGCUUCCUUCUCUUGUGGCAUCAUUGGUCUGUAUCGCCAACUCCUUGGCCUUCGAGCCUCGGGAGACUGGCACCAGACCCGCAAUCAGCUCUUGGCGCGUGUUGGCCUUCCUUCGCCUCUUGCUCUGCUUCAUUGUGAACGUCUCCGCUUUUUGCGACAAUUAGUGAAAGACGCUCCGGACCAAGUCUGGGCGCUCCUGGCCUGGAACGAUACUUAUAGAGCUGCGCUUCGAGAGGCCGGGCGCUGGUUCCUAGAUGCGGCGGGGAACACGUGCAGUUUGAAACGAGCAGAGCUGUGGGAUGUCGAGGUCCAUCGGGUGCGCAGUGUCUUUGAUGGGACGGUCCGUGAGCUGUGGGUGCCCGCCUCGCCGCCUCAGGAUUCCAACGUUGCCGGUCUUGAGCACUGCUGUCUCUUAUGUGGUCUUGCCUUCACCACCUUUCGGCAGUGGGGCACCCAUGCACAGCGCAAGCAUGGAUACCGUAACCUGGCGACGCGCCUUGCUGUGGGACGUCGAUGUCUCUCCUGCAACACCCUUUAUGCCUCCCAAGCCAAGCUCCGAUGCCAUCUGAUUGCAGUCCCGAAGUGCUGCUGGGCACUGCAGCUUCUGCAUGGCAGUGGCCAUGCCUCCCAGCCUGCUGCAGGUUCUACCGAAGGGCAUUCUCAGGCUCCUGCUGUUCGCGGCCCGCGGACUCCCUUGGUUGUUUGGACGGAGGAGGAGCUCUGUCUUGAGCUCUUGUUUGCCCUUCGAGCCCUGCGCGAGGCGUCGGAUCAGCAGAUCUAUGAUCUCGUUGCCUCCUUCGUGGAACCUUUGCCUGUUCUACGAGGUACCCUCCGGCGAUGGAUUUCGGAACUUGAGGAUGCUGCCUUGAUUGCUGCUGCGGAGGAUGUCCUGCUUGUUCUCUGGCCUGAGCACCUGUGCUCUGAGAUUGGGGGUCGGGCCGUGUUGGUUCGCGAGGAUGUUGUCUUUGACCCGGUGAUCGAGCCGUGCCUCUUGCAGCGAGGGGAUGCUUCUUCCCCGGUUCAGUGCCUCGGCUGCCUCGUGCCUGAGUGGGCUCGAGCCUGGGGUAUUGAGGCUUUGCCUGUCAAGCAGAUCUCGCUGGAUUCUCUUUCCGACGCGGUGGGCCAGUGCAGUGGACUUUGUGUGACGGUCCCGCCGCCGCCUCGACACUUCCGCAGCAUGCUUCAGCCUCCCUCUGUCCCUCUUCGCUCCCUUCGGGAGCAGAUUCGUUGGACUUUGGAUUUUCUUGCGCUGUGUCUUGAGCGUUGCUUCCUCUGGCGUGCCGGUCCUCCUGCGGAUCCCUUGCCAACGGGCUUGCCUUGA